CUCCAAUAUACAUCAUAAUCAUGGUUUUCUAGCUCUCUCUCUUUCGCUCUCUCUCACCUUCCCUCCCCCUUCCCCACAUAAAGUACGGAGACCGAAUGGCAUAAAGGUCUCGACUUAUACAGGUCAUAAGGUAUCCAAAUCAUCAGAUCAUGGAGUAGCAGUAUUAGGGGCUGCUCCCCCCUCCUCAUGGACCUGGUCUUCUCCCUCGAGGAAGAAGCACGAGCUCUCUUUCUUCAAAGCUUAGUCCAAUCUGUUGGCUGCACCUAUGUCUGCAUAUGGUCCUAUUAUGAACCCCCAGCAAACUGCUUAUUGUUCACAGAUGGUCUUUACAAUGAGCAAAGAGACCAACCUGGCUCCUCUCAUGGCAGUCUUGCUCAGAGACUCUUCAAUGAUUAUCGACAAUUCAUAUAUAGAGUCGACAAUGGCUAUGUUCCUGGACUUGCUUUCCAGGAAGGCCUUCCCUAUUUAGAGUUCAAGGAACUGGAUCUUCUGAGUAGGGUUUCAAAUGAAACCCAAAGGCAAUUCUAUCAGGAAGCCAGGAUUGAGGCUGCAGCAUUCAUGGGAUGUAAAAGUGGUGAGAUUGAGAUAGGUUAUUCAUUCCCAACACAGAUUAACAUGGAAAUGGAGAUGAGAAGAUGGUUUCCUGAUGACUUCUAUCUUCGAUCUCAAUCUCAUCCCAGAGAGCUUCCUCGUGCACCCGAGCAGAUUCGGACUUCUUCAUCUUCAUCAUCAUUGAGAUCACUUUCUAUGGGUAGUCCACCUCCAGAGUAUCCAUUUCAUGUCUUCAACAUCCCAAGUAGUUCUAACAUUCCUGAAUCACUCAAACAAGCAGCCACUGAACCCACAUCAACAGGCAUUUCCAUGCAACCCUGCCAAUUAGGGCUUCAAGGGCUUCAUCAUCUUCCAUUCCCAAAUCCUCAAAGGGAUGAUGCAGCCAUGACAAGAGCCAUGCUUUCUGUUAUAUCUUCCUCUUCAUCUCCUUCUUCAUCUCGUCAACCCCAACAAAAUCCUCCCCACAACUACCACGGCGCUUUCAAGACAUACAUCCCAGCUCUAGCCCCUAAAGUCCAAAUAAAAUCCCAACAACUCAGAAGAAGCAUGCUGAAGCGCGCAAUUUCUUUCCUCGCAAGCAUGAGGUUAAAGAGGCUUGAAGAACAAAUGCAAGGAACUCGCCCCCAACCCACUAGUACACAGUUAACCCACAUGAUAUCAGAGCGUAAGCGGCGACAGAAGCUUAAUGAAAAUUUUCAGGCACUGAGAUCCUUCUUACCUCCAGGUUCCAAGAAAGAUAAGGCAUCAGUUCUCUCAAGCAUUAGGGACUACUUGCAAGCUUUGAAAGCUGAGGUUUUAGAGCUUAAGCAAAAGAACCAGCAAUUGGAAUCGCGGCUUUCAUCUGCAAGAGAAGCAGGUGAAGAAGUUGGUGGUUCUACUUCAAGAAGUACUGAAAGAGUGGUCAUUCAGGUUAUCAAAGCAGCUGAGUCCACAUCAGAAGGAGAAGGGAUAGAACUCAGAGUGACUGUAAGGGAAGAAUGUAAUAUGAUGGUUUUGGUCAUUCGAAUACUAGAAUUUCUAAAGAAGGUGGACAUGGGAUUGGUGUCGGUUGAAGCAGACACACAACUGCAAGAGCAUCAAACGAGUCCACUCAACCGAGUUGUCAUAAGAUUGAAUACUAAGGGAAGCCAAUGGGACGAGUCUGCCUUCCGGGAAGCCAUUGCAAGGAUUAUUGCUGAUGUAACUCCACCUUGACUAUACCUCCAAGAGAGGAGUUUGAUUUGGCCUUUUCCUUACCUUUCCUUUGUCUUUCAUGGUUUCCAGAGUCUUAAAUCUCACUCAAGACAACACCACAAAGACAACCAUAGAAGACUUUCCUUUCCCAUUCAUGCAUUCAAAGGUGGCCAACGGUAAAAACAAAUUUGAAGAAUGAGGAAAACCAGUAAAAGGGAAACCCAAACACUCCCAUUCAAUGAAUCAAAAGAUCCUUUUUUUUUUUUCUUUAUACACUUUACUUACCCAUGGACCCACAUAAGCCUACUCACUUUUUUUGCCUCUUUGCCACGUCACUUGCACCUACCUUCAAACAAUUUUGCUUUCUCUUCUUCCCUAUCUAUCCUUUUACCCCUUCUACCCCACCAAUUAAUUCUUUAUUAUAAGUUGCAGAUUCAUUCUGAGAUAGAUCAGAAGGUGAAUCAAGAAUUUUGGAUUCUGUAAGGUUUAUGAUGCCAUUGCAACAUUAUCAAUCCUUGGCUUAUCCAUUGCUCUCUUUCUUGAUGAAUUAUGGUAGCAUGGUAUGGUUUUAAAAACAGUAUUGGGAUCUAUCUUAUCAGGCCAGAUCGGACAGGUUUGGCUUCAAUUUUGAUUAAAAAUCAUUUUUUUCCGCGA